AUGUCACGGCGUUCUGUGAGGGAGGUCCUUACCCACCUCCUUCGACUUCCCAAACACAAAAGCUGUGGACAGGAGAUCUCAGUAAGGUUUUCCGGGGAUGGACGACAGGUCACCCGGAACAACAGGAUAGGUGCAGUUAUGGGCACUGUCCGGAUUGUCCCCAACAGGAACACCAUCAAUGCGAACUUGGACAAUGCCCAGCUGCACCACUCCAUAGAUGAAGAAGCGUCCGUUUUCAUCUAUGAAGGAGGUGAGGACUAUGAAACACAGCAGAAAACAGCUGCACUUGUGUACCAAGAAAUAGAAGACAUCAGGCAGAAUGGCAUUGUGAUUGAUGGAAAGCUCAUCAAAGUCAAAUGGUAUGCUGAACAAACAGAGCAGCUGCUGAGUGCCAUGAAAGACAUCGGUGUGCCGUUCAGGCUGAUGGAGGGAGCGGGGGAUGAUGGGCAAGGAUCCAUCAAAACAUGGACGCAACUUAAUGGUGGACCCCAAGGGGGCUAA